AUGGCUAUCGACGCUCUAAAGAACCUGAUAAACAACAUACCCGACUGGCAGACGAAGCUCGAUGAGCUGAGUAGCCAGGUCGACAAGCGCCAGCUGGAGCUGGCCGCCUUGGCCGAGGCAAACAACCACAAAGAGCCCGAGACCAGGUCACUCAGGAAUAAAGGCUCAACGGAAUCCCUCAAACCCAAGGAUGAUGGCGCGAUGCACAUCUUCUUUUCUGAUGAUGCUCCCACCCAGCAACAGCCCGACAUUGUCAAAGCACCCUUUCACGGCCCCAGAGAACGUCGGUCGUCACCGCCGAGCCCUGCUGCCGAGAAGCGCCCCCUAUUCCCCAAGUCUACGACAGACACCAAUGCCAUCCCCGGCGCUAGAUUGCCUAAGAAGAGCAAAACGGCGUCUAUUGCCUCAGCAGACGGCCCUCGGCAGACAUAUCGCACUAGGAAUAUGAUCAUCGUUUACUACGACAGCUACGUUCAGGGUUUCUUCGAUGACCUGGUUCGAUUUAUAUCGUCAAGUAGGAAUCUGAUGCGCAAGGCCAAGAUGGCAGCCAAAGUGGCGCAGAUUAAGAAAUUAGCCGAGAUGGAAGUUCCUGAUGAUGAGAACACUGGCGGUGAUGACAGGGGUGCGGAGGCGCUCCCAUCACUACGAUACAUCAGCAGUCGGCGGUAUGGACCUGCUGCCAUGCGCAGUGGCCACCUGGGUCUGCCAAACCAGGCCCCGGACGUAUAUGACGAGCUGGACAAAGCCCUCGAGUUUGUGCAGAGCACGUGUGAGCACGGUGCCCAUCAGUUUUUAAGAGACGCCAAGUGCAACGAAGAAGUUCAAAAGAUCCAGACACGUAUCGGCGAGGUGCUCGAGAUGGCCAAGAAGGAAAUGGAGCGUAUUGAGCGCGAAGAACCAGAUCUAAUGAAGGAGAGCGCUGAGUCUAAGCCCCGUACAAUCAAGUCCAUUACUGUUAGCAGGACAUUGGUACCGCAUCACAAAGAAGUCAGCGAAGCCCAUUCGCAGAAGCUCGAAGUGGCAGAUCCUGCCGCACCAAGGGCCCCUAUGAUGCACAUGGUCGACCGGAUCGAGGCAGACCCAAAUGCCAGCCAGAGCGACUUUGAUACGGAAGCCAUGCUCGCUAAGAUGCGGUAUCGCUCAACACGGCAGAUGCGCAUGCGUGCCAUAGUAAACUGA